AUGUGGAGCAUUUCUACGUUAACUAUUUUUCUGGUUCUUCUUGUCUAUAAUCAGAAAUCAUUCGCUGCUUCCUUUAAUCAACCGAACUUGCCUUCAAAUCCAAUUUGGGAUCGUCGUGAAAUAACUUUUGCUGAUGAAUCGAUUGUCGGAAAAAAUUCCAGAGCCCUUUUCGUUGACACAAACAACACUAUUUUGUUAUACGAUGGCUAUAGUCUCACUCCAAAGAACGUCAUUCCAGAAGUUCCUUUAGGAUGCUCGUCUUUAUUUGUAACAUCAAAUGGUGAUAUUUACGCAAAUGAAGUAGGGCGCGAUCUUUUUCUGGUGAAAAAAUGGAUAUCGAAGACAAACAGUUUUGAAGUUGUCAUGAAUACAAGCGAAGAAUGUGUUGACCUGUUUGUGGACAUCAAUGACACUCUAUACUGUUCAAUUGUUCUAAAACAUCAAGUCGUGAAAAAGGAUUCGAGCUACUCUUCGUUCGUACCUAUUCCUGUUGCUGGAACAGGCAAUAACGGAUCUGCAUUCGAUGAACUUCACCAACCUCGUGGAAUCUUCGUUGAUGUAAACUUGGAUUUGUAUGUGGCAGACUGUGGCAAUCAUCGAGUUCAGCUUUUUCGAUUUGGAAAAAAGGAUGCUGUUACACGUGUCGGUCAAGAAUCGCAAAAGCCAACUAUUUCCCUUAGGUGUCCCAGUGGAAUUGCCUUGGAUGCGAAUAAGUAUUUAUUUAUCUUGGAUAGAGGAAAUGACCGUGUUGUUGGAGAAGGACCAUACGGUUUUCGAUGUUUAAUUGGAUGUAACUCAUAUGGAUAUGACACUCAAUAUGCUCAGUUGAGAGAUUUAUUUACUAUGAGUUUCGAUGUAUUUGGUAACAUUCUUGUUGUUGACGAUUACAAGGGUCAUAUUCAAAAAUUCGUGCUAACCAAAAUUCCAUCUGGCGAGUAA